AAAUUUGUUGUGUCAUGAUAAUAGGUAUGUUUUCAUGCUUAUCCGUAAUGCAUCAUUCAAGAUGUCAGCGCCCAUAUGCACAGAUUGCGCAUAGCAGCGUCACUCAAUAUUGUUUCACUGAUAAGCCAAUACACCAUUUUCCAUCGCCAGCGAACAUGUGUGACGUUGGGAACGUUGACGUGAAAAGUACAAGUGAGGUUGUCAUGACUCACAGUGAAUUAUCAGAGUCAAAAUUGAAGACGGAACCAGAAAUACUUGUAGAAACAGAAUUUCCCGGAACUAAAAGUGGUUUUAAAAACGCACUGUCGGUGUACAUAAACAAACCUCAUGUUGUCAACAGGAGAUUAUGUGGUGCAAAGAUUGUAUUUUUACGUUGGUAUCCAGUUUGUAAGGAACACGAAGUCAGUUCUUUGUUGGAACACUUUACCAAAGCAGACGACAUUUGUGAUGAAGGGGAGGCAACCCAUGCCAUCACUCCCGCAGACGAAGAUGUAGAUCUAGAUUCCUAUGACGAAGGAGUGGUGAUCAUUGUGAGGGAUCUCAUUCCCAGACAGAUUGAUAAAUACCCAACUCUGCGAGAACUUGUUCAUUAUGAUUGCUCAAGUGAUUCCAUACUGUUCAUUCCUGUUUGUCAUGUGAAGUCGUCCCCUCCUCACGAGCAGGACGUGAAUGAGGAUACAUACAAGUUUACUUACAAAAGUGGAGACACAACAAGGGUGCAGCUGUCUGUCAGGUCUAACAAAGACUCAGGUCAUGUGACCUGGAGGUGGCUGAGCGAUGUCCUGCUGCAGAAGAUUGUGAGAUGGGGCCAGGAGGAGACGCUACGAACAGCGACGUCAUCUCUGAGACUGGUGCCUGUUGACGAAUACAACAGACUGUACAAUGAUCUCAAGGUCAAAUAUGGCCAUCCAUUUGUUGAGAAGUGGCCAGAGAAGACAGAUCCAAAGAAAUUUGUGUAUGAAGAUGUUGCCAUAGCAACCUACCUUCUACUGAUAUGGAAGGCAGACCGAGAGAAGCAAGGCGUGACACAGCGGCAAUCCUUCGUUGAUCUGGGGUGUGGCAACGGUCUCCUGGUACAUAUACUGGCAGCUGAAGGGCACCGAGGCCUUGGAUUAGACAUCCGGAGGAGAGGUAUCUGGGAUAUGUACGGAUCUGAAACAAUUCUCAAGGAACAGACAGUUAUUCCAUCAGCAGACAGCUUGUUUCCAACAUACGAUUGGUUGAUUGGUAACCAUAGUGAUGAGUUGACGCCAUGGAUACCACUAAUGGCUGCAAGAUCCUCCUACAGCUGCAGUUAUUUUGUCCUCCCCUGCUGUCUUCAUGACUUUGACAAGAAGUUCAGUGAGAGAGAAAAGGGUACCUCUCCGUAGCGGACUUACCUAAACUUUGUGAAGGAGGUGGGGGAGGUAUGCGGCUUCAAGGUGGAGGAGGACACUCUCAGGAUACCCUCAACAAAGCGAGUGUGUUUUAUUGGGCGAGGGAGAACGUACUCUGAGAAAGAAGAGUCUCUCCAAGACACCACACGGACACUCUUCGUUCAGAGUCGAUGUGUACAAGAGAAACCUGAAUCCAACUCUCCAUGUUGUAAGAAGCCACGAUUGAAUAUCUCAGAAUCUGGGAAGGGAUGGUCUGCCAAGUUUGAGCCUCGGCAGAGUGAGGAGCCAGUUCGAAAUUGUCAGAAAGUUGCCACAGCAACCAAACAGGCCAUUGUGAAGACUGUUUUUGAGAAGAUUCUUGUGGCACCGGAUGGGGAGGUUGUCUCCCUUGAUGAUGGAAAACACUGGAGAAAAGGAGGUAGCCUGCCGUAGUGCGAGGUGGCACAGCUGUUUGACCAGGACAUCCUGCAGCAGUUGAAGGCAGAGAGCGGAGGCAUGCAGACACUGCUCAGGAACCACAACAGUGUAUUUCAAGUGUCUGGAGGGCGAGUGCGUCUCCGCGACUUCUCACAAGCCGACCCUUGGAGUCAGUCCCGCAAAGCCAAGAACAAGAAGAUGUUGGCUGCAGACCAUCACAAGACAUCACUGUGCUGGUUCCAUGCCAACCACCCAGAUGGCUGCCCACGCUCAGCUGACAAGUGUGACUUUGCACACGGACAACAGGAGUUACGAGGAAAGCCUCCACUUGGAAAAUAAUGCGCGCCUUGUUAACAUAUGUGUGCCAACCUGUGUCUUUCAUAAAGGGUGCUUUGAGGUGCAAGAACAGUGUGAAGAGCUGUGUCCACCAGAAUACUUGGUAAAACUGAAGGGCUCAUUUGUCCCAUUUAUGAUCAUGGACUGUCGGGGCCGUGUGGGGUAGCCUAGUGGUUAAAGCGUUCACUUGUCUGGGCGAAAACCCUGGUUCCAUGCCCCACAUGGAUACAAUGUGUGAAACCCAUUUGUGGUGUCCCCAGCCAUAACAUUGCUAAAAGCAGCGUACGCUCGCACUCACGCACACACACUCAGAGAGUUUUAUAAGAGCAUUAUUGUUAACAGCAGCGUUCAUACCAAGAUUGUCAUGGAGGACAAAUUGUACCACAAUUAUUUGUGCUGGAGCAUUUGAUCGAAUAAUUGGUCAAUUGAUCGAUCUUGCUUGCAUCAGUAAUGAUUUAUGGGCUCAAGAGACUUAUCAAUUUUCAUAAAAAAUGAACCAUCAAAUUACACUUUAGCAAGUA